GCGCUGGCCCUGCGCGACCAGCCGCUUGACUGCUCCCUGCGCCUGCGCGCCUCCACCACACCGACCUGGCGCGACCACCCCCACGGUCAGUCUCUGUUCUCUCCCCUACUGUUCGUUCGCGCUACUCACUUAACCGCCCGUGAUAACUGAUAGUGCUAGUGAUCCGUUUCGAUGCAUCAAUUUCUAUUUGAUUAUCAUUCGCUGCGCACAAUGUCGGGGCGUGGCGACGUGAGCGGCUACUUCAACACGCAGAUGGUGCUGGAUCUCAAUGGUGACGAGGAAUCCGGAGAUCUCAUCAAGUCGCCAUCCCCGCCCCCCAGCCAUGACGGCUCGGCGAGCGGCGAGGGCGAGCAGAGUGGCGACGAGCGACCACCUUCAGCUCCCUGUCGCCCCACUGCUCCACCACGCGCGCCCCCUCAUCCUGUCCACGCUGCCGCGCUGCUGCAGAGCGCCGCCAGCGUGGCCGGUGCAGGCAAUGCGCUCGCCCAGUUGCAACAUUUAUUGCUCACACAACACGGCGCACAUUCUCUAUUGCUACACACACAGGUGCAACAGGCAGUGGCGCAGGCGGCGGCGCAGCAGUUGCAACAGCUGCAGGCACGCGCUGCCCCACCUCCCGCUCCACUGACGCGUUCACCGUCACCUGUGUCACGUGGAUCUCCACCUGGAGCCGCAGCCUUCCUUACGCCACACACUCCAGGCCCGGGACGCGCGCGUUCCCCACACUCACACUCUCAUUCACACGCGCACGCGCUCUCGCACGCGCACUCUCCGCUGCACGCGCAUGCGCACAAGCCGCGCGCUCUCGAUCCCGCCGACGACACAGCUGAUCUAGAAGAACUCGAGCACUUUGCCAAAACCUUUAAGCAACGUCGUAUCAAACUAGGCUUUACACAAGGCGACGUCGGAUUGGCUAUGGGCAAACUGUACGGCAACGAUUUCUCGCAAACCACUAUCUCACGGUUCGAAGCUCUCAAUCUGAGUUUUAAGAAUAUGUGCAAGCUAAAGCCGCUUCUACAGAAAUGGCUGGAGGAUGCCGACUCCUCGUUGCCUGGUAGUGGCGGGGCGGCUUUAGGAGCUGGUUUGGCAGAAGCCGUUGGCCGGCGACGCAAAAAGCGCACCUCCAUCGAGUCAGGGGUCCGUGUCGCCCUCGAGAAGGCUUUCCUGCACAACCCCAAGCCUACCAGCGAGGAAAUCGCCGCGCUUGCCGACUCACUCUGUAUGGAGAAGGAGGUGGUGCGUGUCUGGUUCUGCAAUCGCCGCCAGAAGGAAAAGCGGAUAAACCCGCCGGCGGGCGAGUCAGGUCCAGGUGGGGCCUCUUCACCUAACAGCGGAUUGCUGCCAGUGCUGGCCCACGGAUUAUCGCACGCGCAUGCACACGGGGUGCUCGGCGGUGGCCCGCACGGGGUUCACGGUCCGCACGGGGCGCACGGAGCAGCACACGCCGCGUUUCAGGCGGCGGCGAUGCAGCCGCUGGCGCUGCUGUCGCGAGCGCCGCGCGACUGACGGUCGCACAUCCUGUAAAUACCGGCCUCAGUACAUAACGGGCGACGUGCAGUGCGCGACAGACUUUAGCGAUGAUAAUUAGUUCUAAAACUAAAGAUUAUUUAUAGAUAUUGUACAGAAUCUUAAAGUUCAUGUUAUUUUUUAUUUCAAUAUUUACGUGACGAAUUUUAUAUUGUAUAGUGGCGUCUGUUAUCUGUGAAGUGUUUCCCGGCCGACGCGUCGAGUGCAGUAGGAAUUAGGUAGCUGUAAGGUAGCGGAUAUUAUCGGAUAUAUUUAUGUGAGGCGUCCGCGCUCUGUACAGAACUCAUAUCACUUAGCGCAUCACGCGAUGUAAGGUGGAUGUGUAGAACUAUCUAUAUGUUAUAAUAAAACAUCAUAGAUCUCUA